AUGUCAAAACACGUUCAACUCCAAAUGGAGGAAAAACCAUAUGAUCAACAAAUUGAAAUGGAUCAUAAUCAAACACAUAAUGAUGGUUUAGUCCCUGUUGGAACUAGAACAACUGCUACUGGAGGUGCAGGUGAUAACGAAAAAGCAAGUACAAGAUAUGCCAAUUCAGAUACUGGUUUAGUCUUGAAAGAGGAAAACAAAAAAGCUGAAAGGAAAUUAUUGAUUAAACUUGAUUGCGCCAUUUUACCUUUUGCUGUCUUACUUUAUUUAAGUGCUUAUCUUGAUCGAGGAAAUUUAGCCAAUGCACGAUUGCAAGGAUUGCAAAAAGAGGUUUUGGAUAACGAGGAUAAAAACUACUCUAUUGCCUUAUCCAUGUUCUUCGUUACCUACAUCGUCUUCUCCGUUCCCGGUACUUUACUAGCGAGACAAUUUUUACCUUCCAGAUCCAUAGCAUGCGGAGCGUUAAUCUGGUCCAUCGCCGCUACUUGUCAAGCUGCCGCAUUCACCAAAGGAGGUUUAUUCGUUUGUCGAUUAUUCGUCGGAAUAGGAGAAGCAAUGUUCGGUCAAGCAAUGGCAUUACAUCUUUCUUAUUGGUACACCAAACAGGAAUUAGCUAAACGAGUCGGUUUGUUCAUUUCCGCUGGUGCACUUUCAGGAGCGUUUGGUGGUUUGAUCAGUUACGGUGUAGCAAGUAUCAAAAAUUCAAAAAUACCUCAAUGGAGAAUCUUGUUUUUGAUCGAAGGUUGUCCUUCUGUCGUUUUGGCAAUUUGUGUUUUCCUGUUCAUGCCUUCCAGACCUGAAACAUCAAGAUAUCUGAAUGAAAACGAAAGAACUCUACUCUUGACAAAAUUAAACGCUCAAUCCAACGUUGAAGCUUCGACUGGAAUUGAGUGGGGUGGAGUCAGAAGAUGUCUUUUAGAUUGGAAGACUUAUGUCAUUUCACUCGCUUAUUCAUGUAUGAAUCUGACUCUUGGUUCAGUCGGUGGUUUCUUACCUACUAUCAUCAAAGGUUUCGGAUAUUCCAAUGCCAGAGCUCAAUUGUUCACUGUCCCACCAUACGCCGUCGCUUUGGUCUUCAUGUUGCUCUUAACUUCAUUCUCAGAUUACAAGCAAUCUAGAGGAUUACCAGUGGCUUUCGUCUUUGUCCUCGGUAUCGUAGGAUGGGCUGUUCUCUUGUCUGUCCCUGCAAGUCACAUUACAGACUCACAAUACUCAGCAAGAUACUUCGCCUGCUGUUUGAUAGUCACCGCAGGAUAUACCAAUAUCCCCUUGAUCAUCUCAUGGCAAGCGGGCUGUACAGGUUCUCAGUCACAGAGAGCAACAAGUUUGGGAAUGUUGAAUUCCGUUGGUCAAUGUUUAUCUUUAUUAGCCGCUUUCUUAUUCCCAACUAAAGAAGGACCUCAAUACAAAAAAGGAGCAACAGUCAACAUCGCUUUCCAAGCACUUGGUCUUUUAUUGGUGUUAGCCAUGACUACCUAUUACAGAUGGGAGAACAAGAGAAGAGAUAAAGUUGAAGGUGGUAGACCACCUCAAGGAACUCAUCUUAAUGUUGUUGAGGAAUACGAUUUGGCUCCUGGUUUCCGAUAUGUUCCUUAA